ACGAAACUAAAGUAAUGAUCGUAUACUUCUCCCGGAGCCAUACGCGUUGCUUUGCGCGUAUAUGCGAAUCAGGGAGCAUUAGUGGCGUUGGACUUCAAGUCACGUUGCAACAGAGUCGAUGUGCUCAUAGACUGUGCAAUGGAGGCGAGAGGAAGUGGACAGGUCUGGGUAUAACGCGUUAUAAUUUUAACAUCCUCUGCAACCAUCUCUAACAAGACUACAGUACGUCUAAUGAAGAUACGCCUACCCACUGGAUUUUUACAAGCUUCUCCCUGGUCUCUUGUGCUGUGAACGUCGAUGAAGUAAACGGGGAAAACUAGCCAGUGUGGACCUUCAUGGCGUAUUGGAUCACUGUGCCAUCAUUUAUAUAAAGCAUGAGUGUACAUUAAUCUCACACGGAAUAUACAGAAAACACACUCAAUGAAGAGAAGAGGACCUCUACAUUUGAAUCCGAUAACGAGAGCAUCGGAAGCGCUUCUGGAGGAAACCGCCUUAGAGCCAUGUAUAAAUUAUUGGUUUGUGGCGAACAUUCGCUUCGAAACAUCAGUGUGAUUAAAACUGACCUUCUCAAAAGCCUCAAAUCGAAAAUGCCUCAUCCAGCAAAUUAUUCCCGGGUUAGUAAUGGUUAUGGGAAAUGAACGUAUUGAACUCCGCACUGUUUUGUGAAGAGAAGUUUAAUCAGAUAUCUGUUAGAAGAAAAAGAAAACAAAAAUCAUCCUAAACCACCACGACGAAAUGAUUCAGCGUGGAUGCUUUACUUUUACUUUCUGGCGAAGGACAGGAAGGUGGAAGGUGGAGAGAGCGGUCAAUUCCAGCGGUUAUAGGCUACUGUUGAGGUAGACGCUGUCAGUGGCGGCGAGACUGUUCCUGAAACAAUAAUUAUACAGAUCUUUAAUCAGCGACGUUGUUAAAUAAUGAGACAACAACCCCAGUUGGCAUUUCAUUGUAUUUUUAUAUAGUUUCAAUACAGGUAGCUGUCUCAUGCUGCAACGAUGGACAAAUCAGCGUCCGGCUGAUAUUACAUGCCUUUGUACUGCAUCACACACAAGUGGCACGUGUUUCAUCGUAUGGAAAAAGUACACCGGACAGCACUGGAUGCGCGUGUGUAAGAUUUCUGACUAUGUGAAGGAGAUAUUUUGGCUGCGAGGAGUAGCGUAAAGUCUACGUGGUGGGGGGAAAAGGUGCGCAGGAACUGGGGAUGGAGUUUCGUCGCGUUUGUCCAUGAGAGCGGUCGAUGGUCUUGACGGUUAGAUUUCAAGAAAAGCAAACCCCAAGUUUAAAGAUGUCCAGAGACUGCUGGCACUGUGGGUAAUUUGGCAGCUUUCCGUUUACAACACUCCCUAAAGAGUAGACAGCCAUCCCACGAAUAAUGAAUGUUGAACAAGAUGACCUUUUCCCCACAGCAGCAGACUAUGAGAGGUCCUAGGUGGAACCGGGCCUUGUCCGACCCAUUGUUUAUACUGUUGUUGGCCUUGCAAUUGCUAGUAGUUGCUGGCUUGGUUAGAGCCCAGACUUGUCCAUCUGUCUGCUCUUGCAGUAAUCAGUUCAGUAAGGUCAUUUGUACACGUCGUGGUCUCCGUGAUGUACCAGAUGGUAUCUCAACCAACACCAGGUACCUAAACCUACAGGAAAAUUUAAUCCAGGUAAUCAAGGUAGACAGCUUCAAGCACCUACGACACCUAGAAAUUCUGCAGCUUAGCAAGAACCAUAUCCGUAGUAUUGAGAUUGGAGCCUUUAAUGGGUUGGCCAGCUUAAACACACUGGAACUCUUUGAUAACAGGUUAACUACUAUACCUAAUGGAGCAUUUGAGUAUCUGUCUAAGUUAAAGGAGUUAUGGCUUCGUAAUAAUCCCAUUGAGAGCAUACCAUCCUAUGCCUUCAACCGAGUGCCCUCACUGAGAAGGCUGGAUUUGGGUGAGCUGAAAAGGCUCUCAUAUAUUUCUGAAGGUGCUUUUGAAGGCCUAAGCAACCUGCGUUACCUGAACCUUGGAAUGUGUAAUCUAAAAGAGAUCCCUAAUCUUACACCUCUGGUACGCUUAGAUGAGCUGGAGAUGUCAGGAAAUCAGCUCUCAGUUAUACGACCAGGGUCUUUCAAAGGCCUUGCCCACUUGCAGAAACUAUGGAUGAUGCAUGCUCAGAUCCAGACAAUUGAAAGGAAUGCAUUUGAUGAUCUUCAGUCACUUGUGGAACUUAAUUUAGCUCAUAAUAACCUUACCCUGCUCCCUCAUGACCUUUUUACACCACUGCAUCAUUUGGAGAGGGUGCAUUUGCACCACAACCCAUGGAAUUGUGACUGUGACAUUCUCUGGCUUAGCUGGUGGCUAAAAGAAGUGGUACCAGCCAAUACUAGCUGUUGUGCUCGCUGCAGUACCCCUGCUAGCCAUAAAGGACGCUACAUUGGUGAGUUGGAUCAAAACUAUUUCCACUGUUAUGCACCUGUCAUCGUGGAGCCACCUGCUGAUUUAAAUGUAACAGAGGGCAUGGCAGCAGAACUAAAAUGCCGGGCAAGUUCACUAACAUCAGUCAGUUGGAUUACACCCAAUGGGUCCAUAAUGACGCAUGGAGCAUACAAAGUGCGCAUUUCUGUGCUAAAUGAUGGGACAUUAAACUUUACAAAUGUCACAAUGCAGGACACAGGAACAUAUACAUGUAUGGUUAGCAACUCAGCAGGAAACACUACUGCCUCUGCUACACUAAAUGUAUCCUCAACAGAGAACAGCAGUUUUAGCUAUUUUACCACAGUAACUGUAGAGACAAUUGAGCCAUCAAAUGAUGAGGGGCACACCAUAGUACACCAGAAAGUGGGUCCAACUCCUUCUUCUGGAGUAUGGGAGACAUCCUCUGCACCUUUAUCAACCACAACCACAACAUUUAGAAUGCAAGUCUCCACCAAGGCCACAGAAAAACCAUAUACCAUUCCAGUCACAGCACUGGUUGAUGGCUCCCUCAACACGUUAGAUGAGGUGAUGAAGACCACUAAGAUAAUUAUUGGCUGCUUUGUGGCCAUCACACUAAUGGCAGCAGUUAUGCUCAUAAUCUUCUACAAAAUGCGCAAACAGCAUCACCAGCAAAAUCACCAUGCACCAACAAGAACCAUUGAAAUUAUCAAUGUGGAUGAGGACUGCAUGACUGCUGGACCAAAUAUGGAAGGUCAUCUGACUUUGCCACCACUUGAGCACGAGCAUCUUAACCACUACAAUACUUACAAGACAGCAUACAAUCAUGCAUCCACUAUUAACUCUAUACACAGUUCUGCACAUGAACCUUUACUUAUUCGAGCCAGCUCAAAAGACAAUGUACAAGAAACCCAGAUCUGAACACUUUUCAUAAUAAAAAAGGAUUCAUAACAAACUAAUAGACAAAUAUCUGACAUCGUCAAUGUAAAAAGGCCCAAGGUACUGAUGACAUGGAAUUCCAUGUGUACUAAAUAAGCGAAUGAUGAAGGCAAUUUAAUGACUUUGGGCACUAGGGUAUGCUAAUUGUUUGCUAAGUGUCUUUACCUAACAGAAGUUAUUUAUUUAUGAAAAGAAAAAAAUCUCUAUUGUGGUUAUUUCAGAAAAAAAAUGCCUUCUUCAAUUAUU